AUGGCCUCGAUUUUCAGAAGUAUCGAUUCCCUUCUCUCUUCUCCUCCAACCACUGCAACUCCACCACCAAUUCUCCCACAAAAUGUUCCAUUUGGUCAACCGAGAGCCACGUUUUCUUGUCCCUCGUGCAACAAAUCGUUCGUCACCCAGUUGGGCUUGCUGAAACACGGGAAAAGUCAUGAGGAGACGCACGAGUGUUCGCAUUGCGGGAAACAGUACAGAUCGAUGGGCGCUCUGAAGAUGCAUGUAAAGACGCACACUUUGCCCUGUGAAUGCAAUCUUUGCGGGAAAUCCUUCUCGCGGCCGUGGCUUCUAAAAGGACAUCAAAGGACGCAUACUGGUGAGCGUCCAUUCACGUGCCACGAAUGCGGUCGAAGUUUUGCCGAUCGAAGCAAUUUACGUGCACAUCAACUCACCCACAAAACAAUACGAAAAUUUCGUUGUCUCUACUGCGGUGCCGCUUUUGCUCGAUCACAUAGUUUUCCGAUGUUUCGCAACACAUUUCAAAGCGGUCUUCUCUCGAUUCUCUACAGCAUUGGCAGUAAACCACUGCAAAUAUGGGAAACACAGGUGAAAAACGGGCAUAUCAAACGGAUCACUGAUGAGGACAUCGAAUCGCUCGUCAUCGAGAUCAUGGGAGCAAAUGUUAGCACCACCCACAUCACGUGCCCGCACGACCCGAAGAAAGGCCUCGGCAUUAAGCUGCCCUACAUCGUGCUCAUCGUGAAGAACAUGAAGAAAUAUUUCACUUUCGAAGUACAAAUCUUGGAUGAUAAAGGAGUGAAACGACGAUUCCGCGCCUCGAAUUUUCAAUCAAGUACCAGAGUGAAGCCCUUCAUCUGCACGAUGCCUUUACGAUUGGAUGACGGAUGGAAUCAAGUGCAAUUCAAUUUGGCCGAGUUCACGAAGCGCGCCUACGGGACGAGUUACGUGGAAACGAGUCGAGUGAUGAUCCAUGCCAAUUGCCGCCUUCGACGCGUGUACUUCGCGGAUCGGCUGUACGCGGAGGACGAGUUGCCGCCCGAAUUCAAGCUCUACCUUCCGCUGAAUCGAUCGCUGGCCGGCCAGUCCUCAUCAACUGUA